AGGGGAGCAAAGGGUCAAAGCAACGAGAGCGGGGAGGCAGCCGCAGCAAUGAGGGAAUGCAGGGGAGGCAGGAGCUGGGAGGCUGUCUGACAGCUCCCGUCCCUGCCUGUCCCUCCUCCCCCAGCCUGUCCUCCCUCUCCCUGCGCUUCCCCCCUCCCCCGUGGGUGGGGGCGGGGCCCGGCCUGGUUACAAUGUAUCCGCCCGGUAGCAGCAUGGCGACUGGUAACAAGCGAAAGCUUGCCGCGCUCAGCGUCGAUGAGUUCCUCACCUCGGCGUUCGAUUCCGCCAGUCAGAGCGACUCGGAUGCCGAGGAGUUGGGAGCGGGCAGGAAGGAAAACAGCAGGUGGACGGUGAAGGUUGGAAAGGGCAAGAAAACCCCUCAGCCUAAAGCACAGGUAGAAAGUAAAGAGAAACCAAAAGGUGCUGCCCAAGAGCACAAGGAGCAGCUCUCGCGACUGAAGGAGAAGGAUCCCGAGUUCUUCAAGUUCCUAGCGGAAAAUGACCAGAAGCUGCUGAACUUUGACGACAGCGAUAGUUCGGACGAUGACGAGAACCAGCUGCAUGUCUUGCCGGAGGAGCUGGGGGUAGCAAGUGAUGAAGAGGAAGAGGAAGAGAAAGGACCAGCCCCAAAGAGCAAUAAAGCCAGAGACUCAAUACCAGUCACCGUCCGAAUGGUUGAAACCUGGAGAGAGGCAGCAGAGGACAAGUUAACGUUUAAGCUGUUACAUGAAAUUGUUAUGGCAUUUAAGGCGGCAGUCUCCACAACCAAAGGAGAUGACGAGAGUGGGCAACCUGGGAAAUACAAAGUAGAAGACAGUUCUGUCUUCAAUGCCUUAAUGUCAUUCUGCAUCCAGGACUUCGUCUCUGCCCUGCAGAAGCUCCUUCAGUUAAAACCAGAUGAAAAAAAGAAGUUAUUGCUUCCCUCCAGCAGCUUUCAGUGGCCAAAGAUCCGACAGGAUGUGAGUGUUUACUUGGCCGGACUUGUCCAGCUGCUGUCAAGUUUGUCAGAAGUCUCGGUGGUUAGUGCUGUCCUGCGUCACAUACUUCACUUGGUACCGUACUACCUCUGCUUUCCAAAGCACUCCCGUAUCCUCCUGAAGGAAGUGAUAGUGCAGUGGAGUACGGGAGAGGAGACGGUGCGAGUGCUGGCCUUCCUAAUCCUCAACAAAAUAUGCAGGCACAAGCAGGACGUGUAUCUCAAUCUGGUGCUGAAGCAAAUGUACGUGCCUACGUGAAAGAACUGUAAAUUUACAUCACCAAAUGUGCUCCCCAUGAUCAACUUCAUGCAGCGUAGCCUGACGGAGAUGUAUACGUUGGACUACCACGCUACUUACCAGCACGCUUUCAUUUACAUCCGACAGCUGGCCAUCCAUCUCCGAAACGCCAUGACCAUGAAGAAAAAGGAGACGUAUCAGUCUGUCUACAACUGGCAGUUCAUUCACUGCUUGUUUCUAUGGUGUCGUCUGCUGAGCAAAGUUUACCCCAAUGAAGUUCUGGAACCGCUCAUCUAUCCCCUGACUCAGGUUAUCAUUGGCUGCAUCAAGUUGUUACCCACACCUCGUUACUAUCCUCUUCGACUGCACUGUGUUCGAGCGCUGAUACUGCUCUCCGACUGCACCAGAACCUUUAUCCCGGUGACACCUUUCCUGCUCGAGAUUUUCCAACAGGUUGAUUUUAACAAGAAACCUGGGCGGAUGAGUGUUCGACCAAUCAACUUUGCUGUGAUUCUUAAGCUGUCCAAUGCAAAUUUACAGGAGAAAGCUUACAGAGAUGGUUUGAUCGAGCAGUUGUAUGACCUGACCCUGGAGUAUUUACAGACUCAGGCACACACUAUCGGCUUUCCAGAACUGGUGUUACCCGUUAUCAUUCAGCUGAAAACCUUUCUCAAAGAGUGCAAAGUGGCCAAUUACUGCAAGCAGAUCAGGCAGCUGUUGGAGAAGGUGCAGGAGAACUCUGCCUUCCUGACCAAGAGGCGACAGAAGGUCACGUUCGGCGUGGCGGAUAAAGAGGCUGCGACAUUAUGGGAGAAGGAGGUGAAGGAGGAGGGUCCACCUCUGCAGAAGUACUACACCAGCUGGAAGAAGCUGAGAGAGAAGGAGAUUGCACUGGAGAUUACCGGCAAGGAGCGGCUGGAAGACCUGAAUUUUCCGGAGAUCAAACGCAGGAAGUUGCAAGAGAGCAAAGAGAAAGACAGGAAAGAAUUCAGGGAUCUCUUUGACUCUGACAGCAGCUCUGAUGAUGAAAGCUGUGGAUUUAAAUCUAAAGGAGCUUCAAAGAAGAGCAAUGAAGACAUCGUGAAGGAUCUGUCAGACAUGAGUAGUGACGAUGCAGAGCAGGAUGAAGAUGACGAGUUGUCUUUUGAAGAUGAAUCAGACGAUAACGAUGAAGUUGCUGUAAAGCCCAGUCGUGCUGUUGCGAAGAUGUCACGUUCUGAGUUGGAGUCACUUGUAGAAGGAGAUGAGGAUGUUGUUGAAGAUCUGGAUUUUUCUGAUGAAGAUGAAUGAAGUCAGCCUAUGAAUCCUGGCAGCGGAGAGAUUAUCUGUUACUGUCCCAACACCUUGACGACUGUUGGAUUCCUUCGGAUUGUGCAUCCUCAAAGGAGCAAGCUGACCAACUAUGUCUUUGCACAGAUACCAAUGUGGCCCCACAAAGUACCCUCUUCCACAAAACCCAUUUUAAGGGGAAGAUCCCUGGAGAAAUCUUUACCUGAAAAAUUGUUGGAACCUUUAUCAUUCCCUUACCCACCAUGACCCUCUGCAGAACUAAAACACCAAAAGCGAAGUGGUAUUUUACAACAGUGAGGUUAAUAGCAGACCAGCAUCGAGCUACCAACCACAGAAUAAUCUGGUCAUUGGAAUUCCAGUUGUGAAAAGAAUUCCAGGAGGCUCAUCCAGAGUCAGGGAAUAUUGAUCGCGAGGAAUGAUGGACCUGUGUGCAUCAGACCAUCGACUAAAGCCUAGCCUUUCAGUCCUGAUCAUUCCGCAGCGUUCGUCCGCAAUCUCAUUUCAUUAUUGUGCAGCAUUUUCACACUGACCUUUCUGUAUGUUGUAAUCUGCCAACAGUGUUUAGUUAUUUUAUGUAGACAAAAUAAACCAGUGGUGAAACUGUUUCACCUUGCUUUUGAGAA